AACAUUUUUUGCACAUAUCUUUAAUAUCAUUAUUGCAUUUUUGGCAGACUUUCAAAUUCUGAAGUAAAAUUGUUAUCGCCAUGUCAAAAGAUGAAUUUUCAAAACUACUAUAAUGUGAUGAAAAUAUCGAAUAAUUUCUUCUUGAGCUACUAAACCGCUUUGCCGCAGAUUGUGACGUCACUAACUACUUAUUCAUAUGACGUCAUUAAUCACUUCUUAUGGCAUCAUUAACUGCUGUAUGCGAAUGGUUUUGUGCUCUCACUAACGACGUGUAUCAUUCAUUCCAGAGCUGGCAUCAGGUUGGGGCGACAGUGAGAAUCUAAACUAAACAACGAGUGAGCAUACGAACUCUGAAGCGAACGCUCAUCACACUUGGUCUGAGGCGUCGUUUGGGCUGUAUAGAUCAUGAAAGAGUUAUAAGGGCUAUUCAGAAUGUGCUGCAAGGUAGUGGUACCUGUCUCGGUUACAGAAGCAUGACUGAACGCCUAAGAAAUGUUCAUGGUCUCAGAGUACCAAGGCAUUUGGUCAUGGAGAUAUUGAGGAUUGUCGACCCAGACAGAGUAUCUGCCCGAAGGACCCAACGUUUUUCAAGACGACUGUACAGUAACAAGGGACCCAAGUAUCUUGUACACAUAGAUGGCUACGACAAGAUUACACCAUUUGGUUUUGCUAUUCACGGCGCUAUUUGCGGCUUUUCAAGACGAAUACUAUGGCUCAAAGUUGGCAGAAGUAACAAAGAUCCAUAUGUUGUAGGUCACUAUUUCCUGCACUACGUUGAAAGUAUUGGAGGUAAUGGAGACUCGGGAGGGAGUAUAGGUUCCCCGCUCCAUAAGGAUGGACAGGGGACUGAGAACGUAUUUAUUGAAGAUCUACAAAAAGCAAUGAGGUGGUCACACACGGAUGAUAUGGCAGGAGAAAACAGUGUCUUGUAUGGCAGUUCUCACAGAAAUCAGAGAAUAGAAAAAUGGUGGAUGUCCUUGAGACAAAAUGGUGCGGAUUACUGGAUCAACUUGUUCAAGGACAUGGAAUCUCAGGGCAUUGUAUCAACUGACAACAACCUUCACAUGGAGUGUUUGAGGUUCUGUUUCACUCGGCUGGUACAGACUGAGCUUGACCAGAUCGGCAAAGAAUGGAACCAGCACAGGGUUAGGCGAACGGGGGCAGAUGUCAGUGGAAAGCCAGAUCUUCUCUUUUUUCUUCCAUCUGAAUAUGGCACUGUUGAUUACAAGACUGAAGUUGACACACGAGACAUCCACGCUAUUCAGUCAAUGUGCACCAUAACUCGCCCUUCGGGAUGUGAAGAAGAGUUCGAAGACGUCUGUCAGAAUCUCCUUAUCCUCAACGGGAAGACAGAGCCAAAGGAUACCCAGGAAGCUCUGGACCUAUAUGCUUGGCUCGUGUCAAAACUGGAGGGACUCUACUGUAUGACUCUAUUAAAGAAUAGGUUCUGA